GACACACUCCUGGGUCAGAACUGAAGCCCAGUUGGCAGGUUCUCCAUGUCAGAUCUGGACUGUUUGACAGCUGCAGGAGAGUCACGUUGUGCACCGAGCGCCCCUCGGUGUUUUCCUCACCGGGCUCCCAGCAGGAGAACUUUCCCCGACAGGAGUCGUGCGGCUGUUUCUGCUGACAUCUAGCCGCUACUGUAGCUCUCUCUCUGUGUGCUGUACAGUGUGUCUGCAUUGCGUCGAAUCCUCACCCCCUCCUCCUCCUGUUUUCUCUCGCUCCCUCCUUCCCUGCUCCACUCACUUCUCUUUCCUCUCCUCAUGAAAUCCUGCAAUAUGCUCCCAAAUUAACGGACACAUAUCGAGUCUCUGCAGCGGGAUCCUCUGCCUCGUUUUCCCUCCUCUCCUCCUUUCCUUCAUCUGAUUUUUUUUAAGCCCUUUUCUCUUGAUGCAGCAAAGUCCGGUCCUUCCCGUCAGAAUGUGAGCUUCAUCCAGCUCAUUAUUCCUCCUCUCCCUCCUCCUCCUCCUUGUUUUCCAGUAUGAUUUUAAGAAAUAGCCAGUCGAGAUUUUUGCUGCUGCAUUCAGAGCCAUCAGAAACCUCCUCCUCUUCCUCCUCCUCCUCCUCCUCCUGCGGGCUUUACCGACUGACGCUGAAAACCAACACCAAGAGGAUACGGAUGUUGACCAAGACAACAUAGUCUAUUAAUAUUUCAGAGACACUGUAAAGAGAUAUCUGCUGGUAUUAAAGCCAGAGUUGAGGUGGGCGGCUGGAGAGGACGACCAGUUCCAUCUGCUGCUCUCCAACUCAGGUGUCAGGAGAGGCACUGCUGAGGGAACGUUCAGUUCAGAGACGAUGGAGACAGUGAAGAUGAUGAUGGUGAUAGGGAGGGAGGCUCUGCACAUCUCCUGGCAUCUGUAGGAGCCUCUCCACUCCAACCUGCUCCCACCACCUACGCACCGCUUCCCCUUCCUGCCCACCACCCACCAGGAAGGAUGACUGUGGUGUCCACAGAAAACAUGGACGAUACCUCCACCCUGCCGGGCCACCCACAGGACCCCUACCCGCUCGACGACGACCACAAUGAUCACGACUGCUGUGAGCGGGUGGUCAUCAACAUCUCUGGGCUGCGCUUUGAGACCCAGCUGAAGACCCUCGCCCAGUUCCCUGACACGCUGCUCGGGAACCCGAAGAAGAGGAUGCGCUACUUUGACCCUUUAAGAAACGAGUAUUUCUUUGAUCGGAACCGCCCAAGUUUUGAUGCCAUCUUGUAUUAUUACCAGUCCGGAGGACGGUUGCGGAGGCCAGUAAAUGUCCCACUGGACAUGUUCUCAGAGGAGAUAAAGUUUUACGAACUUGGUGCAGAGGCUAUGGAGAAGUUUAGGGAGGACGAGGGAUUUAUUCGAGAAGAGGAGCGGCCUUUGCCAGAGAAGGAGUUCCAGCGGCAGAUUUGGCUCCUCUUUGAGCAUCCAGAGAGCUCGGGGCCAGCCCGGGGGAUUGCCAUUGUCUCAGUGAUGGUCAUUCUUAUUUCAAUAGUCAUAUUUUGUUUGGAGACUUUACCGGAGCUAAAGGAGGACCCCAAUGACCGCAUACACCAGGUGGGCAACACCACCAUGUUUUACAAAGCAAACAUCCUGACAGAUCCCUUCUUUUUGGUGGAGACACUCUGCAUCAUCUGGUUUUCCUUUGAACUAAUAGUCCGCUUCUUUGCUUGCCCAAGCAAAGCAGCAUUCUUUAAGAACAUGAUGAACACUAUUGAUAUUGUGGCUAUAAUCCCGUACUUCAUCACUCUUGGCACAGAGCUAGCUGACGACCAAGGCAACAGGGAGGGAAGGGGAGGAGGUGAACAGGCCACAUCUUUAGCCAUUCUCAGGGUGAUCCGUCUGGUGAGGGUAUUCAGGAUAUUUAAACUAUCCCGACACUCCAAAGGGCUCCAGAUUCUGGGGCAAACUCUCAAGGCAAGCAUGAGGGAGCUGGGGUUGCUCAUUUUCUUCCUCUUCAUUGGUGUGAUUUUAUUUUCCAGUGCUGUUUACUUUGCUGAAGCUGAGGAAAAGGAGUCAUUCUUCACCAGCAUCCCGGAUGCUUUCUGGUGGGCUGUGGUGUCUAUGACCACCGUUGGCUAUGGGGACAUGUAUCCUGUGACCAUCGGAGGGAAAAUUGUUGGAUCGCUUUGCGCCAUAGCUGGGGUGUUGACCAUCGCACUGCCCGUACCAGUCAUCGUGUCCAACUUCAACUACUUCUACCACCGGGAGACAGAGGGUGAGGAGCAAGCUCAGCUGCUCAACAUCAGCAACCAGAACUUGGCAUCAGAAACCAACUCAAGCCGCCGCACUUCUUCUGUGGUCAGCAAGUCAGAGUACAUGGAGAUAGAUGAGGACUUGAACAACAGCAUUGAUAACUUUAGGGAAGCAAACCUUAGAACUGCCAACUGCACUGCCCCCAGCCAGAACUGUGUGAACAGGGGGAAGCUGCUCACCGAUGUGUGAGGCAGCACCUGACACACUGCUGUACAUAUUGUAGAAAUAUCUGGAUGCUUUAACUCUAUAGGUGCAUUUUACUCUCUUUUUUUAAACAUUAUUCUUUCAAAACAGACUUUAAUACACUCAUAGUGAAGCGAUACCAAGCAGAUCGUGGCACAAAGUUAGGUUAAAUAUUUGUAUCCAUUCCAAAAAUUUUUUUAUAAGUUUCACUGCCAGUUUUACUUAUCAUAUUUAAUCACUUUGGACCAGGUGUCUUUAUCCCGGACAAGCCCCCAAUAGUAUUACCUGGCUUCAAGAGUUUAAAACUCAGUUUUCUACUUUAAACAAAUGUCAGAUGUAUGUUACAAAAUAUAAGGGGUUACUCCAUCAAUUUAACAUUUUUGAUCUGUUUGACUCAUUAUUGUUAAGUAUACCAGACAAUACCCAAUCAUGUUUUUGAAAAUCAAUAAUUAAUGUUCUCCAAUCAGCACCAUAAAAUAAAAGGGGUUACACUACUCAUUUUAGAUGUUAAGCUCAACUAUCCUGGUCCAGAGGAAUGUUGUUGUAUUUUUCUCCCCUUCAAACCAGCCCCUAAUGAUGUCAUGUCCUGGGCCCUCUACAAAACCCUACUGUAGUUUUCAUAUUCCAACACAUUGUUAUAAUGAAUUGUCAGAAUUACAGGGGUUAUUCCAGGAUAAAAUAAGACAGAGACAAGAUUUGGCAUCUUGGAGAAAACUACAAAUAGAUACUAUAAUGUCAAUAUUUUGGAAAGUUAUUGUUUUAAUAUUCUACCAUAUGAACUCUGGUAUAUCUUAUACAAUUAAGGAGGUGCCACUGCUUACUUCAGACUCCAAAUUGUAUUCCUUUUAGCCAUUAGGACAUCUUGUAAUUGCUAAAUGUCUUACUUUGUCGUCAUUUUGUAUCCUUGACGAGCCUCAAUCAUUUACAAGGCACUGCAGUAUAGUCAUGAACUGACAGAUUGAUUUUCUUAAAGAGGUUGGUUAAAAUUUUUAACAACCUCAGAGAUGUGCAUUAGGUUUAAAAAGGCUUUGAAUUUGAACGGUGGACAAGGCCCAAAUAAUUUUAAGCUGACCUCAAUACUGUAAAAAAAUGUAUUUAAUAUUGAAUUUAAACAUCACAUGCACUUCAUACAAUUAAGCAAGUUUGCAAUGUCAAUGUUUGACAUCAAGCUUUAUUCCUUUUUGUCUCAAGGCAUGUUUCACAUCCUAGAGGUCCUAUUUUUGUAUACCGAACAAACUGCCAACAACUUUAUAACCCAGUUCCAGGAGUGUUUGACAUUUACUGAGUUUUCUAAGUGUAACCCAUGCAUUGUCAGACAGCAGUCUGAAAAUGUUGUUACUUAUUGAUUUACAUUUUACCUUUAAUAUGUCAAAUGUUUUUACACUAUCAGUCUUAGACAUCCAGCUAUUUAGUUUUGGUGCAGAGGCAUGUUUAAAGUACAAGGAGAAUUGUAGAAAAGACCCCAAUGAUGUUAAAACCCCAUCUGAAGAGCUUCAAAUUUGCUUUAGAAAUAUAAAAACAUAUCUCAAACUUGGGAAAUGCAAAAUGGAAACAUUAUGAACAAAAUUAUGAACAAAUACCCACCACUUUGCAGGCAUUACUUAUAAUCCACAUCCUGAGAGCCCAUCUGCCAAUCAAAAGCCAUACUGCUCUCUGCCAUGGCUUAAAAACAUGUUUUAAUAUGAUAAAAAAAAUAUAUAUAUUACAAAUAGGUGCAUGUUUUAAAGAUAGAGGAGCAUGAUUCAGUUGCUCGCUGGGAAAUAUAACGUUCUUGUGACAUUCCCAUUAAU